AUGUCCUCCACUCCCCGACGACCAAAUCUUCCACCCUCCUCCUCCUCCUCCUCCUCCUCCUCCUCCUCCUCACGAUUCUCAACACCCUCCAAGCACACAUCAACCCCGUCCACGCCUUCGCCACUUGCCGCCCUCCCCCCGUUCUCCUCGACGAGCCGCUCUCGUCUGCAAGCCCUUUACUCCGAUAUCUCACGUCAGAAGACAUCAAAUCCCACAUCAUACCACGCUAAUGUCGAGUGGUGGCGGAACGCAUUGGAGGCCCUGGUCAGCUGUCCUCCGCCGAGUUCACCGAUUCUAGGGAAGAAGGGAGGAGCUGGGAAGGGAAAGUUAGUUUUAAGUGCAGAUCAGAGGUUGGUGGAUAGCUUGAGGAUAGAAGGUGUCGGUAAACCCUUGGCUUUGGGCGCAGUGGUUCCCGAACUAAUAGCAUCCAAAUCGCUAAUCCCCUUGUCUACAUUCCUCACAUCAACGCAAUCCAUAUACGACCCCGGAUGGCUCCCAACCCGUCUUGCGUGGUACAUGGUUGGGAAGCCUCUUUCGUGGGCCCUCGAACGCGCUGGAGUAAUCGGUGAAGACGGGAUGAUCACUGAUAGGAAGCAUAUGGCGUGGUAUGGGGAGUAUGUUGUUGUGGGAUUGGUGGAGAAAGCUGCGGGUGAGGUGGAGAAGAUACAGGAAGGGAAGGAGGGGGAGGGAGUGGCGGGCGCGCUUUAUACACUGCAAGGCUUUAGGAAGACCUUCGGGUGCGUAGCGGGCCUUGGUUACAAUGAACACCAAUACGAAUUUGAGGAGGAAGAAGAGAUGCUGAGCGAGCAGGAUGCGUCAGUGUUACUCAAGUUCUUGCAAAGAGAACGCAAGGUUGUGGUAAUGGAUAACGAGGUCAUCAGGUUCAUAUCUCCAUCUGCACCUACGGAAGAGCGAAUUAUCACUGUCGUAGACCGCGGGAUCCUCGAAUUGAAGACAGCGGUAGAGAAUAUGCAUAAGCAGAUCGAGAGUAUUCAGAGGCGAAUGAACGAACUAACCACGAAAGCAUCAACCGCCCUCCGUGCAAACCAGAAACCCGUCGCCCUCUCCGCCCUAAAGUCACGCAAGCAACUUGCUGAUAUACUGGGUAAACGACUAGGGUCGCUUGAGGUGCUGGAGGGGACGCUGUUGAGCGUGGAAGCUGCUGCUGGGGAUGUCGAGAUAAUGAAAUCUUACGCCUCGUCAACAACGACCCUCCGCACGCUCCUCUCGCACCCUUCGCUACAACGCGACAAGAUCGACGAGACGAUGGACGCGAUGGCUUCCGCGAAUUCUGAUGCGAAGGAGGUGGACGACGCCAUACGGAUUGGUGGUGAUAUUGCUCUUGGGCUGAAUACUCCGGGAGAGGGAAUUGACGAGGGCGAGCUGGAGGAGGAGCUCAAGAUGUUGGUGGAGGAGAAGAUGAUAGAGGACAAGCAGAGGCUGCGGGAGCGAGAGGGCGAGGCAGAGGCAGUAGGGAAGAUUGGGGCGAAGGAGGAAGAGAGGGAGACAGUCGGGGAGGAGAAGGUAGGCGAGGAGAAAAUUCCCGUCUUUGCUUGA